GUGCGCUACAACCCGUGAACAUAUGAUCUACACAGUAGAUGUCGCACCAAACUUUGCUUCCCGCGCUGGUUUCCUUUUAUGCUCUAUGGCUUCAUCUCCAUGUUAUUAUGCAUGGGAACUGAAAGACAUUGUCUACAAGUUAAUGACCAAAGAUGUUGAUAUUCUCAACCGGCGCAAUUUAAAUGAAUUGGGUAUGGAGUUGCUGCAUGAAGCAGCUUUUGGUACCAGUGACUCAGGAUGUGGUUUAGGAUAUUCACUGAUUUCACCAGCUGAUCGUAUCGGAUCUCACUCGAUUGAUCAAAUAAAUGAAUAUCAUUCGCGCGGCUUUGUUGGAGAGAAGUGCGUUUUAGGCAUUGCUCAUCCUCAUACCGACACAAAUGGAAUGGAUAUAUUAGAUAAGGUGAAAAGUAGCAUUCAUCUCAAUCCUGCACAUGAGGAAAUUGGUUCAGGCGGUUAUGGGUUUAUUGGAGGUGAAAUACGACGAGAUUUGAAUGCCGCGCCCACAGUGUACGCUUACUUAGCAUGGCCUAUGCGUGUAUCCUGUACAAUUAGUGGUCUUAUUGUCUGUGCAUUGAAUGGGUCAUCCAAUCGUAUAGAGCAUGGCGGAAACGCUUCGAAAUCCUUGCUAGCUCGUACCGCUGAAGAGGAAGACAUUGAAACCGAAGUUGCAGCUUUUCAUAAACUGUAUAUCGAUCAUAGUCUUUUUGGUAUCGCUGUAGCUGGAGCUUGUCCUAAAGCAGUUGGAUCUAGAAUAAAGCGUGUCAUUUCGGUUUUACGGUCUUCAUGUUUUACUGAGGAAAAUCUCAAACAAGCAAAGCAAACUCUAAAGGCUGAUCUAAUGUUCAGAUACGAAAACCCAUUAAAUUCUCUUGUGGAUAUUUCUACUAAUUUGCUUUCAUCAUCAGUUGAUCAAUUUAUAAGACCGAUUGAAGUAGUUGCAGAUUUGGAUAAGGUUGACUUGAAAUCUAUUAAUGAUGCUUUAAACAAAACUGUGACAAAUCAUCAAGCAGCAUUUGCAUUGGUUGGUCCUAAUCUAGGCUUUAUUGAACCUCUCCAGGUACUACUUAAAGAGUAAUUAUAUAUAUGUGUUAUCUUUCUUGCCUCUUUUCGUAAACAAUUUAUCUGACAGUAGACGUCUUGGUAAUGAUACUUUUUGAAAGGGACUUCACGUGGUUUGUAUUCGGGUAUGACGUUAGUAGUCUUCAUGAAUAGUGUUAGUUUUCAAUUUUCUUUUUUACAAAAAUGUAGUUCGAAAAAUAAAGUUCUUCAGUGAUUUUCUUUUUCAAUUUUUUUUCGGUUUUGGGGGGGUCUAAUUUGUUUUAAUGAAAGAACAGUUAGUCAUCA